UGGUGACACCUGUGGUUAAUGAUCACCAGACUGCAGUUUGAGAAUAUAAACCAGGGAGAUGACGCUUCCCACUUUACCUUCACUGCCUGUCACCAUGUCUUUCUCUGGGAAGUACCAGCUGCAGUCUCAGGAGAACUUUGAGCCUUUCAUGAGGGCCAUUGGUCUCCCUGAAGAACUCAUCAAGAAAGGUGAAGACCUCAAGAGCAUCUCUGAGAUCGAGGAGACUGGUGACGACUUCAAAGUGACGGUCACUACAGGCUCAAAGGUCCUUGUCAAUUCCUUCACCAUCGGAAAGGAGGCAGAGCUGGAGACCAUCACAGGAGAGAAGGUCAAGUCUGUGGUUCAUCGUGAGGGCAACAAGCUGAAGGUCUCCCUGAAAGGAAUUGAGUCUGUCACAGAAAUGGUGGAUGGGAACACAAUUGUCAAUACUAUGACCCUUGGUGGCAUUGUUUACAAGAGGAUAAGCAAACGCAUGUAGUCUCUGCACUUGGGGCAAAUAAAACAUGAAAAGGCA